AUGACGUCACACAGGACUUUCACGUGCCCUCCUCCACACCUGCAGACACCUGAGACUCAGAGCUCGCGGGUCACUUUCGGUCCCGGCCUCAGAGGACCAGCAUGGCCGCUCAGCGACUCUUUAGGACCCUGCUGAGCCGCAGCGGGACCGGACCGGGACCGGGACCGGCUGGACCCCGGCGCGCCUCCUCCUCCCUGCCGGCUCCGGGCACCUGGAGCUCCCGGCUGUCCCGGCUGCCGCACCGGGACCUGUACCGGCUGUCCGUCACGGAUCCGGAUCAGUUCUGGGGCUCCGCCGCCGCAGACCGGCUCCGCUGGGUGGAACCGUUCCACCGGGUCCGGGACUGCGAGCUCCGCAGCGGCAGGAUCAGCUGGUUCCUGGGAGGGAAGCUCAACGUGUCCGUGAACUGUCUGGACGUCCAUGUGGAGACUCAUCCGGACCGGGUGGCUCUGAUCUGGGAACGGGACGAACCGGGGACCGAGGUGAAGGUCACCUACAGAGAGCUGCUGGAGACGACCUGCCGCCUCGCCAACGUCCUCAAGAGCCACGGCGUCCAGAAGGGGGACCGGGUGGCCGUCUACAUGCCCGUGUCACCGCUGGCGGUGGCGGCCAUGCUGGCGUGCGCCCGCAUCGGCGCGGUGCACACGGUGGUGUUUGCCGGGUUCAGCUCGGAGGCUCUGGCAGGGAGGAUCCAGGACGCCCAGUGUAAAGCCGUGGUCACCUGUAAUCAAGGUGUGCGCGGCGGCCGACUCAUCGACCUGAAGGCGACAGUGGACGCAGCGGUGAAAAGCUGUCCGUCUGUCCAACACGUGUUCGUCUCUCAGAGGACAGAAAACCCCACUGUGAUGGGACAGCUGGACGUCCCCCUGGAGGAGGUGAUGUCCUCUCAGCCGCCCGUUUGUCCCCCGGAGCCUCUGGACAGUGAAGAUCUUCUGUUUCUUCUCUACACGUCAGGAAGUACGGGGAAACCUAAAGGCAUCGUUCACACACAGGCUGGAUACCUGCUGUACACCUCACUCACACACCAGUACGUCUUCGACCACCGGGACGGAGACGUGUUCGGCUGCGUGGCGGACGUCGGCUGGAUCACGGGUCACAGCUACGUGGUGUACGGCCCGCUGUGUAACGGCGCCACCACCGUCCUGUUUGAGAGCACACCUGUUUACCCCGACCCAGGCAGGUACUGGGAGACGGUGCAGCGUCUGAGGAUCUCUCAGUUUUACGGCGCUCCGACGGCUCUCCGCCUGCUGCUGAAGUACGACGACAGCUGGGUGAAGAAGUACGACCGCUCGUCUCUGAGGACGCUCGGAUCAGUGGGCGAGCCCAUUAACCACGAGGCCUGGCACUGGUUCCACAGCGUGGUUGGAGACGGACGCUGCCCUCUGGUGGACACCUGGUGGCAGACAGAGACCGGAGGCGUCUGCAUCGCGCCGCGCCCCGCAGAGGAAGGAGCGCCCAUCCUGCCAGCGAUGGCGAUGAGGCCUUUCUUCGGCAUCCAGCCUGAACUCCUCGGAGAGAAGGGCGAGCGUCUGUCAGGCGAUGAUGUCAGCGGCGCCCUGUGCAUCGGGCAGGCGUGGCCCGGGAUGGCUCGCAGCAUCUACGGCGACCACGACAGAUUCGUGGAGGCGUAUUUCACGGCGUUCCCUGGUUAUUACUGCACCGGGGACGGAGCGCACCGCUCGAACCACGGCUUCUACCAGAUCACCGGACGCAUCGAUGAUGUCAUCAACAUCAGCGGACAUCGCCUCGGGACCGCCGAGAUCGAGGACGCUCUGGAUGAACAUCCAGCCGUUCCAGAAUCUGCUGUGAUUGGUUUCCCACACGACAUCAAAGGAGAAGUACCGUUUGCCUUCGUGGUCCUGAAGGACGGCGUGUCGGAGCGUGGCGCCGUCCUGCAGCAGCUCAGAGAGCUCGUGUCCACCAAGAUCGCCAAGUACGCCGUCCCUGAGCACUUCCUGGUGGUGCGGCGGCUCCCUAAGACUCGCUCCGGUAAGAUCAUGAGGCGGAUCCUCCGGAAGGUCGCCACGGAGACGACCGGCGACCCCGGAGACGUGUCCACGCUGGACGACCCGUCUGUCGUCAAGGAGAUCAUUGACGCCCACCGCCGCUACACGGAGCAGAGAGCAGAGAAGAAGAAGUAGGAGGACUUCCUGUUGGCAGGAAGUGGGCGGAGCCAGCAGACGUUUCCCUCAAUCCCCUGCUGCCGCCUGAAGGAGCCACACCCAUUUUAUUUAGCUCGAGGCUAAUAGCUAAGCUAGGCUAACAGUUUCUCCCAGCUACCAUUCUUUGUGCUAAGCUAGGCUAACAGUUUCCCUCUGCUCCCAGACUUUGCGCUAAGCUAGGCUAACGGUUUCCCUCUGCUCCCAGUGUCUGUGCUAAGCUAAGCUAACAGUUUCCCUCUGCUUCCAGUCUUUGUGCUAAGCUAGGCUAACAGUUUCCCGCUGCUUCCAGUCUUUGUGCUAAGCUAGGCUAACAGUUUCCCUCUGCUCCCAGUCUUUGCGCUAAGCUAGGCUAACGGUUUCCCUCUGCUCCCAGUCUCUGUGCUAAGCUAGGCUAACAGUUUCCCUCUGCUUCAGGUCUUCCAGUCUUAAAGUGCCAUCAGCCUAAAAUCUUAAUUAAUGAAUUUAAUAAUAAUAAUUUACAUUUCCUGAAAGAAGUAAAACUUUUAUUUGUGAUCAUAUUUUCACUUAUUUAGAAUUUAUUAAAAUUAAAUAUGUAACUUUAGGUUAUGUAAAAUAAUUAAUUAUUUAAUAAUUUAAAAUGAGAUUUUAAUUAAAAUUAAUUUUUGAAUCAAGUUUUUAUGUGACAGAAAAAUAUUUAGUGGAAAUUUUUUAUAGAUUUAUAUUAGAAAAAAUAUUGAUAAUUAAUAAUAAAGACUCACUGAUAAAGUCUUUGUCUGAUUUUUUGUAAAUAUGAAUUAUUAAUCAUUAAAUGAGGAACAAACACAUGUUAUAUGUUUCACAUUUUAUUUUGUUUUUAAAUAAUAAAUUAUCAAUUGGUUUCAUUUAUUUUGUGAGAGAAAACAUUUUUCUGACACUUUGAAUAAAUAAUUUUA